UUUUCAGCUGUAGUAAUUUCAAGAAUGCGUUUUUUUGGUUUUUAUUUUUAAGUAUAUAGAAUGAGGCAUAAGGGCUUCUUGAAUCAAUCUUCAUGUGAAUGCAUAAUGAUUAUGACGAAAGUUGUUUUAGAAUGCCAAAACACACUGUUUCACAAUUUCAAAUGGAGGCAGAACUCUUCAUGGAUGAAUGUAUAGUUUUGGAUGAGGAAGCAAAGUCCUUUAUGGAUGAAUGCGUGAGCUUGGACGUGGGUAGUCCUGUUCUUGGCAAAGAAGCAUUGAAGGUGCAUCAUUUAUUGGGAAGCUUCUUUGAGAGUCUGAGCUCUGUUUUUAUUUAUUGAUUUAUUUACUUAGAAUAUUUUUUGUGAAGUUUUUUCAAUCCAUGUUUUCCAAAACUUUAAUGACCUCAUUCAGAUUAAUUUUGAUAUCAACUCUUGUAUUCAUUCUGUUUUCUGUUUUUAUAUCCAAGGAUUGAGAGUUUAAGAUCAAAUUCAACUUCGAUUAAAUUUAGGUUUUCUAAAUCUGUCAUGUGAAAUUUGAGAGUUUCAAACAGUAUAGUUUUUUGAAGUGAUCAAGCAAAAUACUGUUCUGCCAAUAUUAAAAUAUCAAAAUUCAGUGUAUAAGGUUUUAAAAUAUCCUAUAUGCAACACGUUGUUAUUGAAUUAUGACAAGUGUGACGUCCAAUCUCACAAAUUUCAUGGACUUGAAAGAGGUUAGUGCGACUCUUGACAAAUUGAAAGAAAAUGCAUUAAAAAAGAUCCGAUCAAUAAAUGAUAUUCAAGAUGAUGAUUUUGAAAACAACUAUAACCAUGAAAGUCAAUUGGAUUUUGAUGCAAACAUAUACAAAAAUUAUAAUAUGAUCAAUCCCAUUAAAGAAACAUCAAAUGAGGACGUGUAUUUUAACAAAUACAAUUGCUCAAACCUUAAAAUAUACAACCUACUCAAAAGCAAGGCUUCAAAUAAAGGGCAAGAGAUGAAUAAUAUUGUGGAGCAUGAUUUAGUGAACAUAGAUGAAUGCUUCUUUGACAAGUAUGAACAACUUUACAAGAGCCCUUGUUCAUACACAAAACAAUAUAAGAAGAGUGGUUGUAAUGAUAUAGGAGGAGCUCUUGAGGAUGAGAAUGGGAAGUUUCAAGAUAUACCGCAAGUUUAUUCAGAACGUCAUGUUUCUUAUGACCCAAGCAUAAAAAUUCCAAGUAUGAAGAUCAGUGAAGUUCUUACAACAUUAAUUGUAAACCCCACAAAGCAAUUAUCUGAAUCCAUUCCUGCUAUCUCAACAGAUCCUGAUAUGAAUUGGACUCCACACAAUGGUGUAUUACAUUUUGCAACAAAUGAACUCGGAGACAUUUGCUGCAAGAGCACCGAUGCUCUUGACUUGAAUGACGGCACAGCAAACGAUAUCAGCGACGAGGAAUCAAAGCACAGAUCCGGAGAUUCCUGCAAUGGCUUUCUACGCAACAAAGAAAGGCUCCGUGAUAUCGACGCUAUUGAAGAGAUGGCGCAAAAAGAGAUUAAUUUAAUUCAAAACUGUUCUUGUCCUACACAGAAUGGUGUCGUGGAUUUGAUAAUAGCUGACGAACGUGAGUCUCCGAGUAGAAGAGACAGUAUGCCGAAGACGAAGACUGUUUUGAAAGAUCAAACUUCUGAACUCGGUGACGGAACAAGGCUCGACAACAACCGUGGAGGCGGUGGGAAUACCAAGGCACAGAAAGUGAGCAGCGGUUUGGAUGACAGUAAUGUGACGGACUCGGAGACUGUUCGAUGCGAGCAAAUGGAUAGGACCAGUCCGAAAGAUGUGAAGAGAAAAGGUUUUCAUCAGGAGCAUAGUUGUCACGUUGAUUCCAAUUCGAGGAAGAAUGAAUGUGAGGAUAGACACUUCAGUAGAAUAAAUAAUGCUGCUGCUACCACUACUACCAGUAGCAGGUACGUGAGAGGAAGAGUUGAGGGAUUUAGAGGCAGAGAGAAAAGAUUCAAUGAUCGCUGUAUUUCAUCCCGUUAUCCGAGAAGCGAAUCGCAAGUAUUUGUUAGGAAUGAUCACCACUCCCAUAUAUUUCCGAAGAGGGCGAAGUUUGCUGAAGAUGGACACAACUUCGUGCAUCGAAGACACGGUAUUGACGCGAGAGAUGCAAGGAAGCGGGACCGGUAUGGAUACGGCGCGAAGAGACGCUCCUAUGGAGGGAAAAGCAGAGACGACCAUGAGAGCACAUCGCAGCGAUCUUCUCCCAGUGCGCAUAGGGAGAAACCGCAUGGUCCACGUAAACGGCUGAAGAAGUCGUCGUCGCCACCGUCUCACGAGGACGGGAAAAAACUUCAUCGAAACAUCGACGGCAGCGAUUUGGAGAAUUCUCCCACUCAGGGUCAUUGCGAUGGCCGCUUCAAUCGUCGGUUCGGCGGAUCAAGUGGCUUGGGAGGGUAUUCUCCUCGUCGGCGGAGGUCAGAAGCUGCUGUGAAGACGCCGUCUCCACCGCCUCGGUCGCCGAUCCGUCUCAAAACUAGGGCGUGGGACAUGGUGCCCGCGGGGAUUGAUAGCAAAGUGGUGGCGGCCCUGGCUGCAGCACACACAGCGCAGCAACAACAGCAGCAGCAGGUGUCAAUGGCUCCGCUGGUGCCGAUGAGCGUCAUGACCGCGCCUCACAAACUAAACGCUGCGGCUGCUGUGGCUGCAGCAGCAGCAGCGGCGUCGCAGUCGCAUCUGUCGGCGAUGCUGCCCUCGCUUCUGCUGCAGCAGCAACAGCAGGUGCAGCAGCAGGUGAACGGCGUCAGCGGCAGCGGCGGCGGCAGCGGUGGAGGGGGGCUGUCGACGGUGACGCUGACGCAAGCGACGCGGUCGAUACGGCGGCUGUACGUGGGGAAUGUGCCGUCGACGGUGUCAGACGGCGAGCUGAUGGAGUUCAUGAACGCGGCCAUGCUGUCCGCCAACGCCCACCACAUCCCCGGCACCAAGCCCUGCAUCAACUGCAUCGUGAAUAUAGAGAAGGCAUAUGCAUUUGCAGAGUUCAUAACCCCGGAGGAUGCCACAACUGCUCUUGGUUUUGAUGGCGUUACCCUCCAUGGCACCAUUCUAAAAAUCCGUCGCCCUAAAGAUUUCAUUGCACCUGAGCAUGGAGGUUGUCCUAUUGCACAACCAGUCAUCAAUCUAGUAGGAGAUGUUGUCUUAGACUCUCCUCACAAGGUAUUUGUAGGCGGAAUAUCUUCUUUAUUAACACCAGAUAAGGUUAAAGAAAUCAUCACAGCCUUUGGGCAAUUAAAGUCCUUUCAUUGGAAGACCAUGCAUCACAACAAUGGUGGUUGCUCUAUAGCCUUUUUUGAGUAUUUAGAUCCAACAGUGACACAUCAAGCUUGCAAAGGUUUGAAUGGGAUGAACUUAGGAGGACAAGUUUUAACUGUCCUUCAGGCCACACCAGAUGCUAAAUAUGAGGUGUUUUCUAAAAAUCCACCAUUUUAUGAUAUUCCAGAAGAAGCACUUCCUUUAUUAGAAACACCCACAAAUGUUUUGGAAAUUCACAAUUUGGUAAGUGAGGAAGAAGUUCUUCAUAUGCAAGAUAAAGAUGUGAGGAAAUUGAUGGAAGAUGUUCGGAUUGAAUGUAAAAGAUUUGGUAACAUCAGAUCGAUACAAAUUGUGAAACCCUCAAUUCCACAAGUAUGCAAAACCAUAGAUCAGAAAGAAGAGAAAAUUCUAAUGGGUACAAAUGGAGAGCCUUCAAAUAAUGAAGAAGAAUCCAAUAUUCCCACCAUAGCAAUUACAAAUGAAACUUGUGAGUUGAAGGAUAUGGAGAGAAUCCCACAAUCCAUUGCCAACAAUUGUGGGAAUGAUGUUGAGGAUUCUACUAAUAAAGAAAUAAACAACAUGGAAGAAAUAAAACUGGAAGAUGGAUGCAAAGAUGUGGAUUGCAAUACCAAAGAAGAAAUUGAAAAACAACCCCUGCUUCAAAUCUCUACUUCAAUUUCAUCAAGCUUAAAUCCCAACAAUUUACUUGGAAGCAAUACAUGCAAAAUGAGCAGAAUGGAGCCCUUGAAAGCAGGGAACAUUUAUGUAGAAUAUUCCCGAGAUGAGUCGGCAUGCCACGCGGCUCAUGCCCUUCAUGGCCGGGGGUAUGGGAAUGCAAAAGUAAGUGUGGCAUUUGUGUCUCCGAGGUUCUAUUUGAAGCACUUUGGGCGAGAAAGUGCAGCGGUAUAAUACAAUGACAUUCUAACAAAAUUUGAAGUUUUGGAGAAUGCAUACAGAUUUUUUUGAGGAUGAUUAUUUAUUUAUUUAUUUAUUUUUCUGAAGUAUAGAAUGUCAGAUGUUAAUAUUGAUGACGAAUAGAAAUAAAGAAUGUAUAGAACUCUUUUUUACUCUAUUUAUACUAGGGUGGAAGGGUGUUUCUAUGUGAUAAACCUCUACAUUUGAAUGAAUUGUGACUUAUCUAGAUUUUUUUGUUUUUCUCAUAUUUAGAUACGUGAAAAACAUAAUUUAAGUGAAAAGAUAAUUAAGAGUUUCUUUUAUGAAAAAAUAUUGUAAUAAUAUAAAUUUUAUAUUAAAUAGUAAUAUAUAUUUUUUAAUUUCUCAUAAAUCAAAUGUUA